AUGUUAUCGCAUGUCGGCGAGCACACUGUGGAAACUAUCAAAGCUGUCAAACCUCCCGGUAUUUCAAAAUAUUUAAAAAUAUCGGCAAACCGCGAAAUACCGUCUAGCCUACUUCCAGUAAAUAGAGUGCAUAAUACGCUAAACGGAAUGAAUUACGCUUGGAACUAUGGUAGGGAUGUUUGGAGUUCCAGGGGUAUCCGUCGAUUUUUGGUAGAUUCAUUGUUAGCAUUUAAUUUAUUAUGGCAACCUCGUCGUCCUAAUCAGAAACUUACAUGUACAACGAUAUGCGCAAGUGCACAGUAUGUGCACAUAUAG